UGACCAAAAACAAAAAGUCAGAAUUAAGGCAAGAAAGUCACCUUCGCCGAGCAAGUUCAGAGAAGUGAAGCAACUUACCUGAAACCACACAGCCUACGGUCUCAGUCUUGGGGACCUCGUGAGCUUCUGUCAAGGACUGAAGAACCUCGAUCACAAAUGACGAGACCUGGGGAGAGCGGGAAGAGCACCUUCAUCAAGCAGAUGCGCAUCAUCCAUGGCGCUGGCUACUCGGAGGACGACCGCAGGGCCUUCCGGCCACUCGUCUACCAGAACAUCUUCGUCUCCAUGCAGGCCAUGAUCGACGCCAUGGACCGGCUACAGAUCCCCUACAGCAGGCCUGACAGCAAGCAGCACGCCAACCUGGUGAUGACCCAGGACCCCUACAAAGUGACCACUUUUGGGAAGCCAUACGCAGUGGCCAUGCAGUAUCUGUGGCGCGAUGCGGGCAUCCGCGCCUGCUACGAGCGCAGGCGUGAAUUCCACCUGCUGGACUCCGCGAUGUACUACCUGUCACGUCUGGAGCGCAUCUCCGAGGACAGCUACAUCCCUACGGCGCAGGACGUGUUGCGCAGUCGCAUGCCCACCACAGGCAUCAACGAGUAUUGCUUCUCUGUGCAGAAAACCAAGUUGCGCAUCGUGGAUGUUGGUGGCCAGAAGUCGGAGCGUAAGAAAUGGAUCCACUGUUUUGAGAACGUCAUAGCCCUCAUCUACCUGGCUUCCUUGAGCGAGUACGACCAGUGCUUGGAGGAGAACGAUCAGGAGAACCGCAUGAAGGAGAGCCUGGCACUGUUCAGCACAAUUCUAGAACUGCCCUGGUUCAAGAGCACCUCAGUCAUCCUCUUCCUCAACAAGACAGACAUCCUGGAGGAGAAGAUCCACACCUCACACCUGGCCACAUAUUUCCCCAGCUUCCAGGGUCCCCCGCGUGACGCAGAGGCCGCCAAGCGCUUCAUCAUGGACAUGUACGCGCGCGUGUACGCAGGCUGCGCUGAGCCCCACGAUGGCGGCAGGAAGGGGUCCCGUGCGCGCCGUCUCUUUGCACACUUCACCUGCGCCACGGAUACGCACAGCGUCCGCAGCGUGUUCAAGGACGUGCGGGAUUCGGUGCUGGCCCGGUACCUGGACGAGAUCAACCUACUGUGACCAGCUCCGAGCCUCAGUUUACGGGAUGUCCCGCGGGGCGCGGUCGUGGCGGGGACAGGGCGCCCCCUGGUGGACGCUUGGGAAACUGCGGGGCGAGGGCUCCCGGUGUCGCUGCUCCCCACGCAAGUCCAGGCCCCAAACGUCUGCAGUUCCUUCCCUCGCCCUCCUUCUAGUUAUUAAGGAAAGGACAGGAGUCGGGUCGUUAACCCUAGCACUCGGGAAGCAGAGGCAGGAGGAUGUCUGCGAAUUCCGGGACCACCAGGGCUAGCUAGUAAAAGA